AUGAGUAAUGACGUUGUCAAGCCGUUGCAAAAUCUCCUGGACGCGUUUGGGGCGCGUUUGGCACGUGUAGAGACACAGCUGGGCAUGGAGGGAGCACAUUCGUCUGCACGUGAAGCCGAUGCUGCUUCCCCAUCCGCUGCUGUUUACGUAGAUUUGUCACCGCAGCUCAAAGCGUACGACGAGUACGUGGCUCAAUACCUUCCACCUUUUCUGGACGUCAGUAAGAAGCUUGGGGAUGAUACAAACAAACUCGCAACGGUGACGGAGAAGGCGUUUGCGGCCCAGCGCGCAUACCUGUUGAUGGCGAGCCAGUGCAAGAAACCCGCGACGCUCAACCCUGAGCAUUUGAAGGACUUGCAAGCUUGUAUCAAGGAAAUCAACACUCUGCGUGAUAACCGCAGCGACUUUUCCAACCACCAGAACAUGGUGAAUGAGGGUAUUCAGGCACUCGGCUGGCUCUGUGUGGAGCCGGCUCCUAAGCCCUUUAUUGAGUCGUACGUAGGUGGCUCGGACUUUUGGGGCAACAAGAUCCGUGUGCAGUUCAAGACGUCUAAUUCUGACCAAAUCUCCUUUGUCACGUCGUUUAAGAGUCUGUUAACUGAGCUCAUGGCCUACGUUAAGGCACACCACACGACGGGCGUCACGUGGAACUCCAAGGGUGGCGACGUGGCCAACUACACACCUGCCUCAACUACGAAAACUGCCGCAUCUGCAGGUGAUAUAGCCAAUGUGUUUGCUGGCAUUAAGGGUGUUGACCACAGUAGCGGCAAGACUGCGGGACUCAAAAAGGUCACCAAGGACAUGCAGACCUGGCGCAAAGACUACAAGUUGGACGGCGCUGCACCCGUGCCUUCUGUAGCCGCUAAGAAGUCCACCCCCGUCAAAAUCACGAAGCCCGCCGUCUGCGAGGAACGCAACGGCAACUGGCAGAUUGAGUUCCAGACCGGUCCCGACCCGCUUACUGUCAGCGGCGUCACUAUGAAGCAGCAAGUGUACAUUUACGGCUGUGAGGGUGCCACCAUCUUGGUUGAGGGCAAGGCCAAGAACAUCGUGUUUGAUUCGUGCAAGAAGACCAAGCUCAUCUUCGACAACGCCGUAUCCACCAUCGAGAUUGUCAACUGCAAGGGCGUUCAAGUGCAGUGCAAGGGCGUGGUGCCGUCCGUGGCUAUCGACAAGACGGAUGGCUGCCUUGUGUACAUCUCAUGGGAGGGUCGCGAGGUGCAGUUCGUCACGUCUAAGAGCUCGGAGAUGAACGUGGCGUUCCCACAAGGUGCGGGCAGCGACGACUACGUGGAGAAGCCGAUCCCAGAGCAAUUUGUGCACACGAUCACGAAGGACCUGACCAUCUCAUCCGGUGUCUCGGACUUGUACUCGCACUAG